GAACUCGCCCAUGCGUUCCCGGCCCUUGUUCUGUUUUUGAGUGACCAUAUUUGAAGCGAGAACCUUCUGAGUAGCAUUUAACGUACAUAGUGAAACAACGUUGUGACAAUGGGGCAGAGCGUUUUUGCGGGGGGGCAGCGAACAGGCAAAGCAGCGCGUAGCCUUGGGCAAUGGUUUUCGCUAUGCUGAGCAGGUAGAUGAAGCAGCUAUUUAGGUUGCUCGUCCUUCUGCUUGUGGCGCUAUGCACUCCACGGCCCGCACUUGCUUCGGCAGACGACGGCCAGUGCCUUCUGGAUGCGGUGAAGCUGGCAGAGGAGAAAUGCAAUGAGACCAGCGCGAGCAGCAAUGCAACAUGGCAGGAAAUUUUUGCGUCUGCAAUUGCGUGCGAUUCUCGGCCACUUCGCGUUCUCGCGCCUGCAACCUUCUCAGAUUGGAUUACGCGUCAAGCAAAUUCCUUCACUGCGGUUGUUGGCAGAAGGGUCAACGUGACCUAUGCAAACCCGGCCGCUAUUCCCGCCUUGGUUAGCGCCCAGCUGGGAGGGUGGGCACAGCAGGACCUCUGGAUUCUCGACUACCCCAGCCUGCCUGUGCUCGGCGACAGCGGGUCUCUGCUGGACCUCGCAACAUAUAUCAGCGGGGACCCUGUCGUUGAGUGGAGCGAUGUGGAGCCCGUGUGGCGGUCCCUGUCAUUGUUUGGUAACUCCACCGUGGCGAUGCCAGUCGACAGUGACGUGCUGAUGCUGUACUACCGGCGGGACGUCUUCCAAUCGGCAAGCCUGGCGGUACCCGCGACCUGGGAGGAGCUGGUCGCGCUGGCAGCUUAUUGGAACAGCCGCAACACCACCAACAGCACCAACAGCACCAACGGCAGCAGCACCGGCGCGCCGGCGCCCCGCCACGGCCUCUGCAUUAACGACGCGCGCGGCUGCGUGCUGCCCUUCUACCUGUCCGCGCUGCUCGCCGCCUCCACGCAGCGCUGGGGCCCCGCCACCGGCUGGGCCCUGGCCCUGGAUGCUUCCGACCCAGAUGCCGCCGUCCAGCUGGUCAACAGCAGCGCAAUGCACGCCGCCAUGCCGGCGCUCAAAGCGCUGCUGGCGGCCAGCCCCAGCGGUCUGGCCUGCCAGGAGCCGCUGUCGCUGUUCGCGGACGGCCACUGCCUCAUGACGCUGGCUGACGGGCGGCAGUUCAAAGCGCUGCAGGCGCCCAGCGUGCCGGUGCGCGGGGCGGUGGGCGUAGAGCUGCUGCCCGGCGCAGGCUGGGUGCUGGACCGCGCCAGCGGCGCCCUGGUGCCGGCGGGGCCGCAGGCCUGCCGGGCGCCGGUGCGCUCCAACGCGACGGAGGCGGUGCUAGCAGCAGGAGCGGCGGUAGCGGCGACAGCAGGGCCGGGGCUGGGGCCGGGGCUGGGGCCGGGGCUGGGGCCGGGGCUGGGGCCGGGGCUGGGGCGAGGGCUACCGGCGCUGCCGCAAUGGGGCUGUCGCGCGCCGUAUCUGGCCUGGGGCGGCACGUUCGGCGCGGUGAGCCGGCGCAACGACCCGGCGGCUCUGGGGCUGGCGUACCGCUUCCUGGCGUUCCUUACCUCGGACGUGGCGCAGUUUGACGGGCUGCUGGACCCGCAGAGCCACGUGGAGCCCUUCCGCAGCAGCAUGCUGUCGCCUGCACACAGCCGCCGGGUGCUGGCGGACCGCGGCGGCGCCGGCACGCUGCUGACGGGCUACGGCGGCUUUGACCCGGACGAUGCGGCGGCAUUCCUGGGCGGGCUGCGCGCCGCCUUCAGCAGCAGCAACACCGUGCCGGAGCUGGGCGCGCCGGCAGCGUUUGCGCUCAGGCAGCACAUGGAGUCGGCAUACCUGGCGUUCGCCAAUGGCUCCACCUCGGCCGCGGGUGCAGCGGACGGUAUGCUGCGCGCCUGGCUGGCGGAGUGGGCGGCGGCCGGCUACAGCCCGGGCCAAGUGCAGGCGAUGCUGCGGCAGGCGACACACGACCCUUUCGGGGGGCCAGACGAGUCGUCGCAGCAGGAGGACUCAGGCGCGGCGCCGGUGUGGCCGAUAGUGGUGGGCACGGUGGUCGGGUUUGCGGUGUUGUGCCUGGCGUCGUUCGGGCUGCUGGUGUGCUGGCGGCGUUGGCGCAGGGCGGAGGAAGCCGUGCUGAAGCGCAUCCUGCCGCCGCUGAACGGUCCGGAGACGUCGCUGGUGGUCACGGACAUCGAGUCAAGCACACGCAUGUGGGAGACGCUACCCAGCGAUGUGUGCGAUGGAGCCAUUUACCUUCACCAUUCCCUUGCUCGCCGACUCAUCCUUAGAUUCGGUGGUUACGAGAGCGCAACCGAGGGCGACUCGUUCAUCAUCGCCUUCCACGCGGCGCACGACGCGGUGUGCUUCUGCGCCGCCUUCCAGCAGGAGCUGCUGCUGGUGGCGUGGCCGGAGGAGCUGCUGCUCAUGGAGGGCUGCAGCGCCGUGUGGAUGUGCAAGAGCGAGCCCGAGACGGCUGCGCGGCGCAAGUCGGCGCUGGGGCCGCUCACGCAGCAGCACGGGCCGCUGGAGGUGACGCCGCGCUCCGCCGCGCCCCUGUCCCGCCUCAUGGCGGCCUCGGGCGCCUUCAACGGCCCCGGCAGCCCGCUAGGCCUGGGCCUGGGCCUGAGCAACCUCACCGUGGGCAACCCGUCCAGCCUGGCUCCCGGCAGCGGGCACGGCACCCAGGGCGCCAACAGCCCCAUGCUGUUCGGCGCCGGCGGCGGGGGAGGGCUGCUGGGCGGCCCGGGCACGCCAGCGAACCGCAGCGAGCCCGGCAACAGCAUGGUCUUCGGGCACGUGGACAGCUCUGCACGCCUGGGGGGCCUGGCGGGAAUGCCGGGCUCGGGGCCGGGAGGAGGCAUGGCAGGCAGCACCGCGAUUGCGGGCGCCGCGGGCGGAUUGCUGUCCGUUGGGGCGGUGAAUGCGUCUAGUGGCGGACCGAGCAGCGGCGCGCACGCGAUGUCGGCGGCGGGGUAUGGGCUGGGUGGCAUGAGCAGCCCGCCGGAGAGCCCGGCGGGAGCUGGGAUGGGCAUGGCCGGCGGCGGUGGCGUGCUGCGGUAUGGGCAUCGCGGGCCCACCACCUUCACGGGACCACCGCCGUCCAUGUCAAUGGGCGGCGUGGGCGGUGCCCUGGGAGCGCCGCCGCGGCAGCUCAGCUUCCUUGGUAGGACCGCAAGCAGGAUGGGCAUGACUGCUGCCGCAGCUGCUGCCGCGGCAGCGGCAGCAGCGGCAGGGGGUGGCGGUGGUGGUGGUGGUGCCGGCUCGCCUCGCCAGCCCUCGCCCGGGAUUGCCACCUCGGCAUCGCGUCGGGGGCCGUCCAACCCGGGCGGCGCGUACAUUUCUGGGGCCACGACGCCGUAUAGCGGCGGGGCAAGCGCCGUGACAUCACCCCGAAGCAUGACGGAAGGCCCGCGCGGCGGCGCCGCCAGCAGUGGAAGCGCUGGCGACAGCAGCAGCCUGGCCGCACCCAACGCGGCGCGUGCAGCGUUUGCCGCUGCUGCCGGCGGCGUCAUGUCCUUUCGUGAAAGCUUUCGGGAACACGGCACGUCAGCCAGCGGCCCAGGCCUUCAGGACAUCAGCGGCAGCGGUGUUGGCAGCGGCGGCUUAGGGUCGCAGUCGGGCAUCAUCGUUGGCGGCCUUGACUGCGAUAGUGAGGCCAUGCCGCCGCCAGUGCCUGGGUCGGCGGCAGGCGGCCGCCUGUCGCCCCGGCCCACCGGCGACGGCUGCGGCGCCAUGCUGACCUUGUCGGGCUUCCAUGUGGGCUCGGGGCCGGCUGGCCGCGCCAUGCCGCGGAUCAGCGGCGCUGGCGGCGCUGGCGGCGCCUCCGCCGCGGCCUUGCCGGUUGCCGCAGACAGCGGACAGUCCCUCGUCUUCGCGGCUGCGGCGGCGGCGUACGGCGCUACCGGCGGCGGUGGCGCGUACGGCGGUAUGGGCAGCGAGGCUAGCACUGCACGGAUAGCGGGAGCGUCCGGGGCGCCGCUGGGGGCCAGCGGCCGGUCCAUGAGCGGGAUCGUGGUCGGGCUGACCAGCAGUCUGCACAGUGGGCCCCUGGACCACGGCACCAGCGGUGCCGCCAGCGGGAGCGGCGCCGGCGCGCUUACAGCGCAAGCUCCUGGCCUCGCCGACGCCGGGCCGGCAUACUCCAGCGGUGGGGUGGGGUCGGGACCCGUUGGUCGGGAAAGCAGCCGUGGUGCCGGCCAGCGCGCCAGCGAUGGCGGCGCUGGUGGCGUUGCCGGCGUCCCGCCGCACCCCACGUAUGGACACAACAAUAAUGACCAGGUCGACGGCCACAACCCCGAGGAGCCGCAGCGUACUGACAGCACUGAGAUUGCUUCCGUCUCCGAGUUUGCGGCCGACUCGGGCGCACUCUCGCAUAUGCCGUCAGACACUGAGAUUGGUGGAGCCCUGAGCCCACCGGCAUCGUCGCGUGGGGACCAUGGCAAUGGUGCAAGGACCGGUGCUGUGUUUGCCGGUUCGCAAGCUGUGGACCCUGUGUGGGCGGCGUCGCCGCGGUCCCUGCCGCCGGCGUCCCAGCCGGCGUCGCCGUCACCUCAGGGAGCGCCGCCGGCGCUGCAACCAUUGGGGAGCUUGGAGUCUUCGGAAGCGGUCACGGCAGCGGCCGCCGCCAUGGCAUCGGCGGCAAUGCGCGAGGUACGGCGGAGCGCGGCUGGCACAGGCAGCGGCAGCCGAAGCCCAGGGCCAGUCGCCGAGGCGACGGAGGAGCCGCCGUCGUCAGCUUCGGCCGGGCCGUCACAAGACACGGAUGCGCACAGAGCUCGUGACGCGCCUGCCUCUGCGCCCAUAGCAGCGCUGCAACGGGGCCAACGUGCCUCGUUUGAGUUUAACUCUGAAGCCGUCGCCGCUGUCGCUGCUGCGGCAGCGGCGGCGGCUGCAUCGGCGGCGCCGUCGGGCUCGCGUCCGUCCGGUGGCGGUGACCUAGCCUCCAGCUCGACCUCGCAGCGGCCUUCAUGGUCGACAUCACUGCCGCCGCCGUCGGCCUCCAUGGCGGCACUCACAGCGGCGCUGCAACCGACCUCCGCGUCCUCAGUCGCUCACAACACGGGGACCGACACCGUCACCAGCAUGGGAGCGGUGUCACCGCCGCAGUCGAGUGAAGACCUGCUGCUCGCAGUGAACCGCCUGUCGCCGAUUCUGCCACCUGUAGACAUCCCGGCGUCCUACGCGGCGGCGGCAGCGGCAGCAACGGCGGCGGCGCCCGGUGAGGAGGCGGCUGGCCCCGGCAUUUUGCUGACACCGGCGUCUCCGCGCGCGGCGGAGAACGGUCCCCGCAGCUUGGAUGCCAGCGCGGCCGCGGCCUUGGCGCCGGGGAGCGCUGUGGGCCUCCCGCCGCUACCACCUGGCGCGCCGCUGGGUCUGCCGGCGGUCGCGGCGCCACCGGCGCAAGGCACUCUGGCUAGCUUCGGCUCGGCGCUUGCCGCCAGCCUCCGCCGCGGCAGUGACGUGUCUGCCGGCUCUGGCGGUGACGUGCAAUCCCUGCCUAGCCUGACGCAAGGCGCAGUGCCGGACGUCACGAGAGCCGCUGGCGCCGGCGCCACCGCGGCGGCUGGCGCCGCCGCCGGAAGCACCAGCGUCACUCGGCCGUCGCCGCUGGGCCGUGGCGUGUCGUACAACGCCCCCGGCACCGUCAGCUCAUUCGCAGGUGCGGGUGGCGCCGCCGAGGUGCUGGCGGGCGGGCCCAGCCCGCGCAGCAGCCGCCACCGCCGCAGCAGCGCUGGCAGUGAUGGCACGGGGCAGCGCAGCAGCAACAGUCGCGGCAUGCGCGGGCCCUCCAUGGACGGCGAUGGCGACGCCGACACCGCGGACCUCGCCCAGCGCGGCCUCUCCUCGCCGCUUCCAGCAACCAAGCUUUCACGCUCCGACGACGGCCGCGGGCGCGUUGUGGCUGGCAUAGUCGGCGUCGGCAGCGACCAACAGACCGACCGCGCCGCCGCAUCCAGCGCCGCCGCAUCCAGCGCCGCCGCAUCCGGCGCGGGCGGCACCGCCGCCAGCCCGCCCUACGCCGGCUUCGUCGUGGGUGGCGGCCGCCACUCCUCGCUCGUGUUCCCCACCAAGCGGUUCCUGGCCACCGCUGCCGCCGGCGGCGCCGGCACCAGCAUCAGCGGCAUGGCUGGCGGCGCCGCCACACCCACCUCCACCGCGCGCGCCGCCACCUCCCACACGCUGCAGUCCAACACGGUGUCGCGCGCGCUGUUCGGCCUGGUUGGGCUGCCCUCGCCGCGCCCCGGCGGCGGCGGGCUGCUGGGUACCAUGGGCAUCGGCGGCGGCAGCGGGCACUACGGCGGCGCGGCGGCGGCGGCGCUGACGCUGGACAGCCGGGCGGGCAGCAUGGCCAGCAUGAUGCGGCUGGCCAGCCAGCACAACCUGUUGAGCGUGGGCGACAGCCUGUGCACGCGGUGGCGGGUGGUGGACGAGGGCGAGCCAGGCGCACAGCUCAUGUUCAGGGGCCUGCGUGUGCGCAUGGGCGUGCACAGCGGGCUGGAGGACGGCGCCGACGCGGUGUGCCUCAACCGCACCGCCAACCGCAUGCAGUACACCGGCUUCGCGCUGCAGAUGGCCAAGGCGGUGGCGGACAGCGCGCACGGCGGCAUGGUGCUGAUGAGCGAGGCGGCGUUCACGCGGCUGGCGGUGGAGAGCCUGAAGGAGCGCGUCAUGGUGCUGCACAUGGGCGAGCACCGCCUGCGCGAGGAGCUGCCGCCCACCAGCAUCUACUGCGGCUGCCCGAGGGCGCUCAUGGGCCGACUGCCAGCGCUGCGUGACGUGCGGUCGGCUCAGCAGAUCAGCCUGGGCGUGCUGGACGCGCCGGCGGGCGGUGUGGUAGUGGUGUUCAUGCACGUGGUGGGCGCCAUGAGCCUCAUCGACUGGCGGCCCGACCUGGCGCACACCGCGCUGGCUCUGUUCCGGGACCACGUCACGCUGGAGCUCAUCAAGUUCCAGGGCUACCUGGUGGAGGCGGUGGACGGGCUGGUGCUGGCGUCCUUCUCUUCGCCCGCGGCCGGACUGCGCUGGGCCGCCAAGUGCCAGCACGACAUGACCAUGCUGCCCUGGCCGCAGGAGCUGCUGAGCCACGAGGCAUGUGAGGAGCUGUGCACCAGCCGGCUUAACGCGGUGACGGGGGUGGCGGAGGAGGUGGUGCUGUUCCGCGGGCUGCGGCUCAAGGCGGGCGUGGACAUGGGCCGCCUGCGCGGGGAGAUUAACUGCAUCACAGGCCGCAUGAGCUACCGGGGGCGAGCCAUGAACCGCGCCGCGCGCAUCGUGGCCGCCGCCGGCAGCGGCCAGAUCCUGGCCAGCGCCGAGGUGUGGGCGGCCGGCAGCACCGCCACCGCGGCGCGCAUGUGCGGCCUCACCGCCACCAGCCUGGGCGCCUUCAACCUCAAGGGCGUCAGCGAGGCCGUGGAGGUGUACCAGAUCAAGACGUCCAACGACGUGGUGUCCAAGCGCGCCAAGACCAUGCUCGCCAACGCCAGCCACGAGGACCCGCUGGAGUUGGACGAGCUGCCAGUCGCCGACCCCGCAGCCGCCCUGCAGGUACACGCCUCCAUCAACAACGCCUCCUCCGCCGCCGCGGCAGCGGCAGCGGCUGCCGCCGCCGCCAACGCCGGCUCCAGCGGCGGCGGCAGUGCCGGCGGCUCCGCCGCCGCGCUGCACCGCGUCAUGAGCGCGAAUGUCAACGCGGGGCACGGCGGCGGCGCGACUGGCGGCGGCGCGGGGCCGGCGGGGAUGCCAACGCGCGCCAACUUGUUGCUGGCGGGUGGCGGUGGCAGCGCCACGGCGCGGAUGAUGCUGGACCGCAUGCACUCCAUGACCGGCGCGGCAGGGCUGAGGCGCGUGGAGAGCCUCACGCACCGCCGCGGCUCGCUCAGCCGCAACGUGUCCAUGAGGUCCCGGCGCUCCAGUCGGCGCAGCAGUGUGGGCAGCCAGUACAGCGCCCUGGCAGCCAACGCCAUGCUCAGCGCCGCACGCGGCUCCUUCGACGGCCGACAGGAGGUCAUCAACGGCGCCGGCCCCUCCGGCGGAGGAGGCGGAGGAGGCUACGCCGCUGGUGGCGGCGCUGCCGCUCAUCACGUCGUGUCGGCUGCCGCCGCCGCGCUGGCGGCAUCGGUGGCGGCGGGGGCCGCUGGCGGCCCUGCUAACGGUGCCAGUCCACUGCCGCCGGCAGCGGCGUCAGCCGCCGUCGUCGGCGGGUUCGGUGCGCCGCUGGCUACUGUCAUGUCGGGCCAGGCGGCGUUGGGUCGUGACCUUUCCACCCUGCCCUCCAGCAGCCUGCCAACGGGGCCCUCAAUCACCAGCGGCGGCGGGGCCAGCGGCGGGGCCAGUGGCGGGGCCACUGCCGCUGCCGGCUUGCCGGGACCGCACGCCAGCAGCUCCCACUCUCAGGCCCCGUCGCAUCUGAACACACUCACGUCAAUUGGGUCGGUGGCGACGGCGCCCUUCGCGGGAGCACACGGGCUGAUGGCGGCGCAGCUGGCGUCGACCACGAGCGGCGGCGGCGGGCUCGCCACCGGCGCCACCGUCUUCACGGUCGGCCGCACGCCAUACAUGAGCCGGCACGGCUCCGAACGCGAGACGCCCGGCGAGACCAUGUCCGACUUCCGCUCCUCCAACGCCCGCUCCUCCAACGCCUCGCAGUACCGCUCCUCCAAUGCUUCCACGCGGUCCAGCGCGGUGGCAGCCGCCGCCUCGGCUGCGGCGGCGGCGGCGGCGUCGCACCAGCAGCAGCUGCACCUACGCGGCGACGGCGGCGGGCUGUCAAUGGCGCAGUCGACGCCGGUGCAUACGGCUCUGCAGCCGGCAGCUGCUAGCGGCGCGCUGCCGGUCGCUGGCUACGGCAUCGCGCAGCACCACAGCCACCAGCUGCCGCCGUCCAACAGCACGCAGCCUCACCCGCACACGCAGCACCACACACCCUUCAGCAGCCAGCUGCCGCACCUUGGCAGUAGUGCCGGCACCGCAGCCGCCGCCGGCAGCAGCACCGCAGCCGCUGGCACCUCCAGCGUCCUCACAGCCGCUGUCUCCGGCAGCACCCAGCUGCCGGGCCCGCCCGCCACGGUGGGCGCAGUCGGCGCCGCGGGCUCGCUUCCGGCCAUCAACUCCCCCGGACCUGGCGUGUCGGCACCGGGCGUGGCGGCCGCUCCACCGCACGCCCACCCGCACCGUGGUCUGGUGCGGCACCUGUCCACGCUCAUCCGCUCCGCCUCGCAGGCCUUUGGCGGCGGCAUCCCCUCCGGCCAGGCGGGGCUGCAACAGCCCCCGCAGCUGCAGACGGCGCAGACGGUGGCGGUGGGUGCCGUUGGCAUGGUGCUGUCUCCGGGACGGGGCGGCCGCCGCACGGGCGACGGCGGCGGCGACGGCGAUGAGUACUACAGCGGCUACGCCGACGGCGGCCGCUCGAGCGAGCGACGUGCUCGCUACUCGGAGCGGCCGUAUCGGGACGGCCUGCCGCCGGCAGCAAUCAGCCCGGCGGGCGGUCGGGAUAGCCGUGCCGGCGGUGGGGGUGGCGCUGGAGGAGCGUCGGUGCAUGGCGGUGGGCCAGGCACCCUUCCAUAUCGCCUGCGCGCCGCAGGCAGUGCGCUGGCGAAUGGGCUGUUUCGAGUCGGUAGCUUCAGCGGGCAAACCCGGCGUCGGCCGGAGCUGCCCGACUCGCGCGGCUCCCGCGCCUCGGACUUGGGCGAGCCACUGUCGCCGGCGCGCCGCCGCCUCAACACCGCCAGCGGCAUCCACGGCUACGUCGGCGCGGUGCCACACGCUGCGUUGACGGCGGUGGCUGCGACGCUGCCGAGCCCGCCCGGCUCCGCCGGCCGUCGCAGCGGCUUCCGCCGGCGCAGCGGCGCCGACGUGGGCUGGCCCGCCGGCACCGACCGCGGCUCAAUCGGUGGCGGCGGCAGCGCGGGCACCGGCGGCGGCCUGGUGUCGUCUGGCGGCGCCGUCAGCGGGGGCUUGGGCGGCGGCGUCGGCGGUGGAGCUGGUGGCCGGCUGCGGCGCGGGCAUGAUGCGGCCGGCGGCGCGCACCCUGGUGGUGUGGAGGGCGCCGGCGACAGCUUCGUCAUUGUGGUGGGCGACACAGAUGACCUGGAGGGUGACAGCGAGGAGGUUCUGCGAGACCAGAACGGCGCGCCGGUGCUGUCGCCCGCCGCCUCGCUGCAACACGCCGCGGCCUCGCCGCGCAGUUCGUACGCGCGCAGCUCGCGCGCCUCGCACCCGCACACUGCCGGCUACGUGCCCUCGCACCACCUGGCAGGUGAGGUGCCGCCCUCACCGCCGCGGCUGCAGCUGCCCCUGCCCACUCGCUCGCUGGCGCCUGCCAGCGCCGCUGCUGCUGUGCUGGGCAGCGGUGUUGCUGGAGGAGGCGCAGGCGCCGGGGCUCCCAUGGGCGCGCCAAGUGGCGGGCUGCCUGGCCUUGGCGCUGGAGGCGGCGCGGGUGGAGGUGGCGGCAUGAUGAGCGGCAGUGGUAUUCGGUACCUGGGCAGUACCGGCAGCGCUGUGUCGGGUCUGACUGGCGGCCCCAACACGGGGGACGGCGGGCGCAGUAGCAGCAUGGAGGUACCCGACCUGACGCCGCUGGACGCGCAGCUGCGUGUGCCGUCCGCGCCAGCUUCUCAGGGUGGGCUCUGAGUUUGAAGGUUAUGCUUGAGAUGUGUGUGGCAGAACACAACAGGGCAGCGGCACGGGUGGGGAUUGUUGGCAUGCCGUACCUGACGGUCAACGUACUGGAUAUAUGAUGAGGGGGUCGCUUUCAGUCCCAUUUUAGCCCCAGGGGUGUACAUGCGCAUGCACGUCGUGAUGAUGAGACAACCGCGACUAUCAUAGUAUACAUAAACCUAAUGUAUGGGAUCAAAAUCCCGAAAUGCUGGCACCGUCAGGGAUGUUGUUAUCGGUCACAUUGGAUGCGCAAACGCUGCUAACGCGCGAGGGGGUUCAUGUUGCAUUAAUAAUGAAUGCCAGUAGUGUACGCUCAGCGCUGCGUGAUUGAUUCAGGGGCGGUACAAGCUGCACAAGCAACACAUACGCCGGAGGACAGGCACCGGCGGUCACGCGAGCGCGGCGACGCAGAAAGUUGGUUGGUUAAAGAGUAAUCGCGGCGGCUAUAGAACUACAGGUGCCGUAUUCUUCGUAAGCUAUGUUAGGAGGUGGCGUGCGCUUGUUGCUGCUACAACGGGUUUGUGCCCGGCUGCACGGGUGGCAAGGGCUGUCUGAAGGCCGUAUUAUGGUGGGCGUUUUGGUGGGUAGGCAGUUGUCACUCUCACUUGUGUGUGCAAGCACCAAAUGCACUUUGGGUUACAGCGGUAAUAUCAUAGUGGUUGGCAAUGCUCCGAACUCCAGACGGUGUUUUGGGUCAGGAAAAUGCAGGGCUUGUGGCUCAAAGCCGGGCAUGCCGGAGUCGGGCUGACCGGCGGCAGGGGUGCCGCACGGAAGACCCAAGACCCUGACACGGUCAGCAUCCUGAUUUGCUAGCUACGGUCUUCUGAGCGCGGCGCCUUACACGCGAGAGGCCAGGAGCUGGUCCACAGACCACAGUCACCAGCAAGAUGGCGAGAUGCCAAAGACAUCGUCAAGCAAACUGCAAACAUCUCGCCUGCCCGAGAGGUGCUAUGAUCAGGGCCAGCAGUUUCCAACCUGGUUUGCCGGAGCCGUCUCGACAUGCUUGAAAGAU